GGAGUCGCACGGCCUAUGAGAGGGGCGGUGUGGGGCGGAGCCAAUGCGUACGGCGUGACGCCAUCCCGCUGCGACCGGCGCUAUCUGGGGCAGGUGGCUGCAUAGUAGUGGGUGAGGUGAUCAAAGCCACAGUAAUGUCUGUAGUUCGUUCAUCCGUCCAUGCCAAAUGGAUUGUGGGGAAGGUAAUUGGGACAAAAAUGCAGAAGACUGCUAAAGUGAGAGUGACCAGGCUUGUUCUGGAUCCCUAUUUAUUAAAGUAUUUUAAUAAGCGGAAAACCUACUUUGCGCACGAUGCCCUUCAGCAGUGCACAGUUGGGGAUAUUGUGCUUCUCAGAGCUUUACCUGUUCCACGAGCAAAGCAUGUGAAACAUGAACUGGCCGAGAUCGUUUUCAAAGUUGGAAAAGUCAUAGAUCCAGUGACAGGAAAGCCCUGUGCAGGAACUACCUACCUGGAGAGUCCGUUGAGUUCGGAAACCACCCAGCUAAGCAAAAAUCUGGAAGAACUCAAUAUCUCUUCAGCACAGUGAAGGGGGAGUGGAAGAAGGAGCUAAAGGGGAAAAUUGACAUGUUUAUGUUAUGGAAAAAGAAAUUUUUCUAAGUUUCAUCACAAACUGUGUCCAAUUUCUCUGUGGUGUUCGUGAAAUAGCUAAAAGCAAAUGAAGUAAAGGGCAUAUUACGGUUUUUCAUAAAAGUUUAUGGUUAUGUUUCAAAUUUUCAUUUCAGUGAACAUACUUCCACGUUACACUAAGUGUGCCUAGCAGUCUAUUGCAUUUUGUGAGCUCACUGUUUCAGAAGGUUUUUGUUUUUUGAGACAGGGUCUCGCUUUGUUGCCCGGUCUGGAGUACAGUGGUAUAAUCUUGGCUCACUGCAGCCUUGACCUCCCUGGCUCCAGCAUCUUUCUACCCCAGCCUUCUGAGUAGCUGGGAACACAGGAGCGUGCCAUUACACCUGGCUGAUUUUUUGUAAAUUUUGUAGAGACAAGGUCUCCCUGUGUUGCCCAGGCUGGUCUCGGAGCCCUGGGAGCGAUCUGCCCAUCUUGGCCUACAAAAGUGCUGGGAUUACAGGCCUGAGCCAGUGUGCCCAGCCGGUUUCCUUAUUUUCAUUCAAAGGAAUUUUGAAUUUAUCUUAGAACCUUUAUUUUGAAGGAAGGAAGAAAGAAUGUUUGUUUGUUUGUUUGAGAUGGAGUUUCGCUGUUGUUGCCCAGGCUGGAGUGCAAUGGCAUGAUCUUGGCCCACCACAAUCUCCGCCUCCCAGGUCCAAGUAAUUCUGGGAUUACAGGCAUGUGCUGGGAUUACAGGCAUAUGCCACCAUGCCUGGCUAAUUUUGUAUUUUUGGUAGAGACGGGGUUUCUCCAUGUUGGUCAGGCGGGUCUUGAAUUCCCAACCUCAGGUGAUCCACCUCCCUUGGGCCUCAAAGUGCUGGGACUACAGGCAUGAGCCACUGCACCCGGCCAGAAGAAAGCCUCUUAAUAUAAACAGAUAAGACCACAUUAAGUGAAUAUUGUUGAUCCUAUGUAGGCAAAAUAAAUAUUUUAUUUUUCUGAUUUCACCAGUUCCAAAGAGAAAUAACAUGCUUAUGGUCAGAAUUCUUUCAAUCAAGCUGUGUUAGUAAGAAUGUUGAUGUGUGGAAAAUAAAAUUUUAUAAUUCUG